AUGAGGUCGAAUUAUAUCCUUGAUAUACUUGGCCUUGCGCUGGCUGCAACUGCUAGCCCUGUUUCAUGGGUUGUGCACACCCUAGUGGUUGUGGGUGGGGCGGAGGAUACGGCAGCUGGGGCAGCGGUGGGCGAGGAUAUCGAUGGGGCUAUGGCGGAGGAUGGGAUCGUGUUUCCACUGUAUCCCGCGAGCAGCAGUGAAAUCUUCCAGUAA